UGUAUUGGUAGGCAAGGAAAAGACCAGGUACUUACCAUAUUCGUUUAUAAUUCAAACUCGUUAUCUCUCUCUCAUCCCAUUUCACAAUUAUAAAGGAAUUAUGACUUGCAAAAUUAUCUACAUCCCGAGGGUAAUAUUGUGCACGAAAUGAUGUACGCGCUCGGGUUCUAUCAUGAACACUGUCGUCCAGACCGUGACAAUUAUUGGACCGUUACUGCUAAAGAAAUUUUGGAAAAGUGUGUGAGAUGGAUGUGGUUUGUUUUGGUCUGUAUGACCCAGAAUCAAUCAUGCAUUAUCCCUUGGAUGUUAUUCCGGAGGACGACGUAUACAAGCGAAGCCGGGGACGGAAAGAACAAAUGCUAUUGGCCAACGUGUAAAGUUAAGUGCCUUAUGAUAUAAAUGCACUUAAUGCACUUUAUCCUAGCUCGUCAUACCUCCCGUUAAGGAGGAGUUUAAAAAUGAAAGCUGAAGGAAGAUUUAGAAAAGAAGAAGUGGAUGGAGGAAUUAGAGAAAGAGAAUAGGAAAAAGAACAGGAGGAAGAAGAAAACAAUUAUUUACUCAUAAUAAUAUUAUUUAAUAUUCACUUGCAUUUUUUAAAAAUAAUAGAGUACCAGUAAAGAUUUUUCAUUUAAUUAUAUGAUAAUUACUUUUAAUGUUACUUCUUUUUGAAUUCUUAACUCGUGAAAAAAUGAUUAUAAUUUUUAAAUUUUGAAAAUAUUUUAAAUA